UUCGGUUUGGCGCACUCUCAAGGUUCAGUGUCGUGAACGGGGCGUAACUGGUCACGUCGUACCUUCUUCAGUGGGCGGUGAAGAACUGCCCCUGUUAAAAUAUAUUGGGUAGAAACGGCAUCAGUUAAAAUUGCUGUAUAGUAAUUGGCCAGUCCUGGCUUCGGUUCUGUUUCAAUAUUCUGCAGUGUGGCGCGUUGUUGUGUGUGCGCAGGACUUCCAAGCUGUCCUGGGCUUCACUGUGGCUGGAAGUUGUGGCGCAUUUGAGUAACUGAAUUCGGACCUCGUAACCCAAAAUUAAACCUUCGUCACGUCGUGUUGUUAAGUUGGGGGGAUUUGGGAGCCUUUAAAAGCAGUUUGUAAAAAACUCUAAAAAGAGUUUUUGAACAUGGAGGAGCACGUUUCGUCUACAACCACUGACACGGGUGAUGAAGUCGCCAAACUUCAGACAGAGUUGGGGGUAGAAAAUGCGCCCGAACUAGAUGCCACGGGAGUCCAAGAAGACCGCGAAGCCGUACCUAAAAGCGUGGUCGAUGAGAAUGAUAUUUUAGAUUUAGUCGGCGGGGCGCUGGAUGCUGUCGGAAGUCACAACGCCGAGGAUCCACACAGUGAAAUGCAAUCUUCCUCUUCUGGCCCCGAGCCUGAACCAGCCACAGAGCUCAAGGCUGCGGAGCCAAUUGACAGCGCUGCAACGUUGGAGUCCACGGAAGAGCACACGGAUGCGACGGAGAUCUCGGAAACAGCCCCCGAACCAGCGAAGGAAGAGACGAUUCCUCAGCCAGAAGCAGCCGACACAACCGUCCAACCAGAAUCGGAUGAGAAAAUCGUCAAACCAGAGGCACCUGCGAGUCUAGCGGAAGAGUCGCCUUCUCCGGCUUCACCACUGUCUUAUGAGCCUGUUAUUUCUUCCUCUGCUCCAUCUCUACCACUGUCUUCUGCAGCGAACGUGAACACUCCAUACCUACAGUCUCAAGACAACAUAAAGGCCAUGGACACGUCUUCUAAAGACUUAUUUUCUUCCAAGCCCUCUUGGUAUGAAACCGACAUGCUGUCAGGCAGGGCAGAUGUAGAAGAUGAUUUUCUUGGAGAGAUGAAGGCGUCCGCUGCUCCCAGGAAUCCCUUCCAAGACUUCUCCCCCAUAGGUGAUUCUGGCAGUGGGUUGCCGCAUGCUGGCGAGACUGCACCUGACACCGGGGCUGGGAAAAUGUCUGAAAGUCCUACGCCGGACUUGGUGCAGUACGCACAUGACAGCGAAUCUCCAGAAGGCGCUUCAUCCCACACAGAACACAGAGAAGACCGUGCUGCUGGUCUGACCCAGUUGGCUUCAGACUCGGCCAUGGAAACAUCCAGUCUCUCGAAAAAUCUGGCUGCAUCGCCCCUGGAGCCUGAGGAAUCUUCAGCUCAGCCCUCUCUCCCAGACAUCCUGAAGUUGUCCCCUUUGAACCCUGACAAAUUGGAUUCGGGGUCGUCAGAAGGAAGCCCGGAUUCCAUGCACAGUCCGGGUCACGGACCUCAGGUGGGAUCUCAUUCGGCCACCAAUCCGUUUAACUUUGACUCCAAAGUCUUGCUCUUGAAGGAGAUGGCAGAGGAGACAGAAGCUCGGGCAGCUGAGAAGAAAAGGGUUGAGGACACUGAAUCAGUCCAGGAGAAGGCUUUCGGUGCCUUUGACCUUGUGAAGGAGGCUCAGAAUACCACGAAGGACAAAGGCCUCUCCCAGGUGGAGGAGGAAGAAAACGACUGGAUGUCUUCAGGUCAAGAUUUGGUCAAACCGAUGGAAAAAACGGAGCCUCCAAACCGUCCAGAGUCUAUGAACCUGCCCCCGAGCCCGCCCCCUAAACGUGCUGUGGCAGAGGACUCUGACUCUGAAAGCCCCAUGACCGACUCCUUGUCGCCCGUCUUGGAGGCUAUGGGGAAGAAUCCAGCAAGCUUCCAGGUGGAAAUGGAGAGCAAGCGUGUGGAGGAAACCAAAAGCGCACCAGGAAAGGAGGUGCGGGGAUCCUAUCCAGAGGAGCCUGAGGCAGAAACGUCUGAGCCGGAGGCCUCCUCGGAGGAGUUCGAAUUCGUGGAGAGGCCCCCCAAGGGUGUGAUCGACGAGUUCUUGGAAAGCCUGGACCAUUCAAAGUUUGCGAAGGCGCAAGAUAUGGGUACGGAACGUGACUUGUUGUCGGACUUUGGACAGGGGAAGCUGGUGGCGGACGAAGAGCCAGAGCUGCAGGAUGUGGGCUCACAUCAGAGCUCCUACCUUCUCCUGACCCAGCCUGCUUCCAAGAGCUCACCUCAGAAGCUCAAGUCUGAACUGGAGAAGCCAGUCGCUCCCACUGAAGACGUCAAGCCGAAGGUCCAGGAGACCCCGUCUCUUUCGCCUGCCCCUCUUGCUCAUUCUACCACAUCCGAGCCUGAGCCACUUCCUGCUACCAAGCCCACGGCCGCUAGCGGGACGUCCCAUCCGGAACCCCCUAAACCUGCCAGCAUGCCAUACCUGAGCACUCGAGCAGUGGUGGACCUCCUGUACUGGCGUGACAUUAAGACGACAGGCGUGGUGUUUGGCGCCAGCCUCUUCCUGCUGCUCUCCCUGACGGUGUGCAGCAUCGUCAGCGUCUGCUCCUACGUGGCGCUGGCUCUCCUCUCCGUCACCAUCACCUUCCGGAUAUAUAAGGGCAUCCUCCAGGCUGUGCAGAAGUCCGACGAGGGGCACCCCUUCAAGGUUUACCUGGAUCGCGAUGUGGCUCUCUCCGAGGACAUGGUCCACAAGUACAGUGACGUGGCACUGGAGCGUCUCAACGUCGGCAUCAAGGAACUGCGCCGUCUCUUCCUGGUGGAGGACCUGGUGGACUCUCUGAAGUUUGCAGUGGUGAUGUGGAUCCUGACCUAUGUUGGUGCCUUGUUCAAUGGUCUGACUCUCCUCAUCUUGGCUCUGGUUGGAGUGUUCAGCUGCCCAGUUAUUUAUGAAAAGAACCAGACGCAAAUUGACCAUUACGUGGCACUUGUGAAAAACCAAAUCAAAGAUGUUGUUGGAAAGAUCCAGGCCAAGGUUCCAGGGAUGAAGCGCAAAGCCGACUAAGGAGCAGCCGGCGUGGGGGAAGCGGGGGGGAGGGCUACC